AUGUGGAAACAUCAUGAUUUUGCGAUUGAGAGUUUGAACGCUGUAUCACAAAGACACAGCUCAACUAUAACUUUAAACCCUUCAUUCACCCAGCACCACAACUCUGAGAUCACCUGUAAGGUUAACUUUGUGAACAACAUCACUACAGAGGAGACAGUGACUCUGAAACUGAACUUGUAUCCAAAGAUCCUAAACAGCUCUAAAUGUGAGGUUCAGUCAGACGUACUGACCUGUGUGUGUGCCAGUGAGGGGUUACCUUUACCCACCAUCAAAUGGCCGCUGUUGGAAAACCACACCCAGUACUCUGUCACUACCACUGUGACAGGCACCACAGUAACCAGCACCCUUAACCUAAUGUUAAAGGACCAAAGCAACACUGUGGUUGAGUGUGUCAGCAGCAGUGAGGUUGGAGACGUGAAAAAGAGCCUCAUCAUGAUAACGUCAGAAAGGCGAGAGGAUCAACACUGCCUGAUUCCCUGGGUUGUUGUCGCUGCUGUAUCUCUCAGUGUGAAUGUCGUCCUAAUAAUCAGCCUGAUGUUCCUUUGGAACAAAAGAAAAGCAGUGAAACCAAACCAGGAGGACACAACGUACAUGUCACUGAAGAAAAGAGACCAAUCAGCAGAGUAUGACGUUAUCGGCCAGCCUCUGAACUAACAAGACUCAGCUCGUCAUUGGGAGAAAGUAUUUAUGAAGUCUUAAUGAUCUGUUACAUUAUACAUUCAACGAUGUAUUUUUUGGUGUUUUUAAAAAAGUAUUUUUUUUUCCUAUUUUCAUUUUUGUAGUUCAUUUUCUAAAACCUUAUUUAAACAGUUUAAGUUAACUGUGUCAGCUUUGUUGUUCAAUAACCUGUUCACGUUCACUCGCCAUACAACUGGCUUAUUCCCAGUGAACUCCAAGUCCACUAUUGAAGCUGUGAUUCUUUGUGCUUUGUAGUUUUUAUGUUUUUUUUAAUCACUACACAUCUGUAACUACAUUUUUCCAGUCAAAUGAAUGGUCUUUUACAAAAGGUUCAUGAGAUCUCAUUGUUGUUACCAGUUAAAUGUUUAAAACUGUUUUUGUUUAUAAUUAAUUGAAUAAA